AUAUGGCUUGCAUUGGCAGAAAACGGAAAGUGUUUGCGAUGUAACUCAGACAUAUAAAUCAAAAAUUGUGUAAAAAUAAGCACGAGUUAAGAAAUAAAAACAAAUUAAACAGUGCCAAAAAAAUAAAAGUCUUCAUAAAGUGCAUCCUUACAGUUAAAUAUUUAUCAAGACGGAGAAGCCUACAAGCAAGAUAAGCACAUAUUAGCAAUGAAGAUAUCUUAUUCAGACCUGCAGAUCGUAACAAUGAAAAAGUUAAAAUAUUAUCAAGAGCAAGGAAAAACUGCUUCCAAUGACAAAAAUGAAAUAGCUCUAUUGUCGCUACAAUUUAACAACAUGAGUGCAGUAAAACAUAUUACAGAGCGCAAAUCUGAAAUUAUUAAACCAGACACAAAAGGAAGUUAUACAAAAAUUCGAAGGUUAACCGAUACACAAGCGGAGGCACAUAAACGAGCAAUGCACUUUCUAGAAAGAGCUUUCAACAUAAAACUUGAACAAGAAGAAGAAAUUCAGAAGUGCAAUAGACUAAUUUUAGAGACAAAAUGCCAAGCUGUAAGACAUGCACAGAUUGCAGAGAAAGAGAUUGUUAAACAAGAACUGUUGAAAGAAUCUCAGCAUUUUGAUGAUAUGAUGGAGAACGAGAGAAGACUUUCUAUUAAAGAGGAAGCAGAAAAAGAGAAGGCAAAAGCUCUACAGAGACAAAAAUUCGCUGAAGCCUUAAAGAAGCAAAUAUUUGAAAAUGAGCAAAAUAAACUUAUGGAAACUUGGAAAAAACAAGAGGAAAGCCGUUUGAUCAACUUAAAUGAAAUUGCUUGGCAAAACGACGAAAUAUUGAGGCUUAAGUCUCAGCAAACAAAAACAGUGCAAGUUCGUAAGAGCUUAUCUGAAAUUAAUAAUCAAUUGAAGCAUUUCAAAUAUAUCGAACGAGAGGAAAAUCGAAUAAUGGAUAUGAGGGUACAGGAAUUUCAGCGAGAAAAAUACGAAAGAGAUGAUAAAAUUGCUGAAGAACGGAAACUAAAGAGGCUUAAAAAAGAACAGCAAAAGGAAAAUGCAGCUCUUAAAGUCCAAAGUGCUCUUAGAAUAAAGGUCCAAACAGACGAAGUAAAUGCUGCAAGAAUUCAGGAAGACAUUGAGAGAGAGUGGCGACGAAAACAGAAGGAAGAAGCUCUACGGGCAGCAAAAAAUGAAACAAUUUUAAGAAUUUCUCGUGAAGAACAAAUUAAAGAGAAACACAUAAUGCAGGCAUUAGAGAUAAAGAGAGGUCAAGAACAGUUUAAUAAAAUUACUGCUAUUCAUAAUGAUGUUCAGAGGCGUGACGAGAAAGAGAAAGAUAGAAAAUAUAAAGAAGCUAUACACCAACGAAGUGAAAUAUUGAAACAGGUCAACAAAAAGGAGUGCCAACGCUUUUUUACCAGACAGAACAUUAUUCAACAUGGUUUGAGCAUGCGCAAGGAAGAAGAAAUGCGUAGAUACAAACUACGUGAAGCAAUGGAGCAAAAAUGCAGUGAAAUGCGAAGAAAUAAUGUUCCACAAACGUAUAUUUUCGAAGUGAUCCGUAUGAUUCAGAAUUUAAAAUAAUGAUUGAAAUAUUUGUUUUUCGUUAUUUAGUACAUACAUAUUCGGUAGAGAUAUUAAUCUUGUGAGCCACGCAACGGGUACCGAUUUCUUGCAUAAAAAUG